UUAUUGGAGCGAUUGUGGAGAAAAUAUAACAGAAGUUGCUAAUCAACCAGAAUCAUAUGAAUUGCUACAAUUCAAUUAUGGAUUUAUCACAACAAGUGAAAUUAAAGGAAUUAAAAUUGAGUCACUUCACCCGCAUGAAAGUAAUUUGGUUGCAUUUCUGAAAUCAGCAAAAUCGUAUGAUUCAGUUCAAUCAAGCUCCUAUCCCAACAAUUACUAUCAGGAAAAAGUUGUAUUCAUAGUUACACGUGUAGAAUAUGCUAAUUUAUAUCAUUCAAUGACUGAUUGGUAUAAUACAUUUCUUGUAAUGAAAUUACUUAAUUUAUCCUCAUCUAAUAUACAUAUCUUAUUAACUGAUGGUCAUCCUAUUGGUGGAUUAGAUGAAGUAUGGUAUAAGUUAUUUCAUUCAGUAUCAAGAAUUGGUGUAUAUAGAAGACAGUAUAAUGAUAAAUAUCUUGAUAAACUUCAUAUCUUACCUAUGAAUGAAAAAGGUUUAUUAAAUAUUGGUAAAAUUGUAUUUAUACCAUAUGGUUAUGCAAGUCCUUUAUAUGUAGAUAAUAAUAAUAAUAAUAAUAAUAAUGUAAUUAAUAAUAAUAUGUUUAUUGAAGAAUUUCGAAAUUUUAUAAUUGAAAAUUAUCAAUUAAAUAAUGAAAUAAAUAUUUGUAAAAAUAAAAAAUUAUUAGAAAUUUAUUUAUUACCAAAAAUUAUAAUUAUUAGUCGACAGAAUUAUAAUGCUCAUCCACGUAAUAUGAAAGGCGUAAUUAAUCGUAAAAUAAUUAAUGAAAAAGAACUUUUAUUUAGUAUAAAACAAUUAGGUUUUAAUAAUUCAUUAAUUAUUAAUUUAAUUAAUUUAAAUAUAUAUGAACAAAUUAAAUUAAUUAGUACAACUGAUAUAUUAAUUGGUAUGCAUGGUGCAGGUUUAACAUAUACAUUAUUAUUACCUAAAAUAUCAUAUCUUAUUGAAUUAUUUCCUGCAUAUUGUUGUAUAUCAAAUAAACACUUUAGAAAAUUUUCUCAAUUACAUGGAAUUAUGUAUUCAGCUUAUUAUGGUUUGCCAAAAAAUGAUAAAGAUAUUUAUUCAUCAUAUAUUCCAGUGAAUGAUUUUAAAAAACUUGUUUUACAUGCUUAUCAAUUAUGGAAAAAUGAAAUGAUAAAGAAACAUAGAAAUUGUAUGAUAUAGUUGAAUACUUAGCUGAAUAUAUGAUCUUAGUAGCGCACUUCAAUGAAACUCUAUUCUCUGAAGUCUUUUCUAUCUUCAUAUCAUCUUCUGUUUGUCAUCCAAUUCGUCAUUUCCCCCCUUGGGAUUAAAGUGUAUACUCAAUCUAUCUCCAUCUUAUGAUUCUGUAUCAAGUGAGUGUAGAUGGCAUCUGUUGUCUUUCUGAUCCUGUCUGGUUUUGAUAUCGUCAUCUGUGCCUCUGCCGAUAGUGAUUGCUUAGGUAGAUUUCUCCCGUUCUUGUUCUUGUUGUUGUUGGUGGUGGUGGUGAUGUUGGUUGGAUAUCUUCAUCACUUGUGCCUUCUUCACAUUCACUCGAAGUCCACAUUAUGGAUGAAAUACAAAUCUUCUUCUUAAGACUUUUCAUUGGUCCAGUCUAUGAUCGUUUUUAUUGCUCCUCAUGAUUUACUGUAUUAUCCAAGUGUUACUACCUUUUUAUUACAAGAAAAUACUUCCCUUUUUAUAAUUUCAACUAAAGAGAUAACAAAGGAAUUGACUGUGAUACACGUCUAUAAUUUCAUAGGCAUCAUAUCAUUAUGCUUUAGACUCAAGAAAACUACUUUUAUACAGAUAAAACUUUUUCAUACUUAUUGUAAUUGUAAUUACUGGAAGAAAACUUUUUAUAAUGUUUAACUGUUUUAUUUGGUUUAUUCUGUUAAUUUGAAUACAAAUUGUUUUAUGUAACCAUAAAAUGGAACUUUGUUCUGACAGUCACUUGAAAUCGCUUCAUUGAGCUCAGUGUAAAGUUUUGGGCAUUGUUGUAGAAUGUAAUCCUAAAUAAUAAUCACUAAAAGGGAUAGACCAAUAAGGUUUCAUUUCAGAAAGCAACUUCGAAAUGCUGAAGCCUACUGGAAUCACUACACCUAGACUUUACGGUCUACGAAAACUGCGAAAAAAUGGUCUACCUCUACAACCAGUUCUUGACAUGACUAACUCUCUAUAUCAGCAAAAUGGUUAGUACAACUUUUGAAGCCUGUUCACAAACAACUUGUGAA